AUGGUAGACCCUGCUCGUGCUGUUUCUCCCGACUCUGCUCUCGUUCUUCUUAACUCGUCAUUCACCAGAGCCACUCAGGCAGAUUUCGAAUUCUACCCACGAUCAGACAUGGCCAAUCCGAACAGAACUGACAUCUUUGCCGACGCCAUGCAGAAUGUUGUUGAUAUCCUUGAGAUGGCCAAGAUAACGUGCAUUAUCAUCAACGAGGCUGCUGCAUCGAUCUAUUGUGCAGCAUUCAAACCCAAGAUCGUUCAGGUCGUUGUGGUAGGGCAGACUCCAGGACUUCUUUCCACAGAACAGGCGUCAGAAUUAUUGGUUCGAUGCGACCCGCAGCGGUUCAAGAUGGAGGUUGAUCAGUUCCGCUACUACGAGCCGAGCAUUUCACCACCGCAGAAAAAUUGGUGCGAAGUCGUAUUAAUCGCAGUUCCAAACCCGCCCCCUCCGCAAUAUCAGCCCACCCGUAUCAACCGCCUGCUGGAAUUGCCGGUUCCAUCACCGUUGUCCGUCAUAUUCGACGUAGUCCAGGGAAUCCAAGCACAAUCAGAUAAAGGGAGAGCCAAGAAGUUGAGACAACUUUUCAAAGUCAUGUCGAAGCACGAACUCAUCGCCAUCGACGACGAUUUCCAUCGCACGCUCCUCGUUCAUCUAGAGCGUGUCGCACGUUUUUCGCCCAAAUUGGGACAGGCAACAUCCAAGUUCGCCGAUUUUUGUCGAAGAGACCAGAUCAGCGACUGUUCGGCUGCCGAUGGUGGGUCGGAUAAUGGGGAGUCGCUCGCCGGGGAAGACCGAAGCGCCCAAGUGAUGGACAGGUUGAAACACAUUUCCCUCGUUGUGGACACCUCUGGACCCAGCAUUCGUGACUCCAUCUCUCAGACUACCGAUCCACACAUUGCUUCUCUUGAAGGAGAGCAAUUGUCCUCGAAGUCACCAACGAUUAAGCCUCCCAUCGUUGCUUCGAACGAUCCGGAAGAUAAGUCAGAGUCCGGUGCAGAAGGCGAAGACAAAUAUUCUGGUGAACUUUUUGGACCUCCAAUCGUCAUCCCAGAAACGACUCCGAGGAUCUCCCGCGAGUACCUUGGGUCAAAGCUAGAUCGUCAGCAUCUCUUCUGUAAUGCAGCACGUGGCAUCGUCGCGAUACUUCAUUCAUCUGGCGUUCGCUGUGUCCUUAUUAACAAGACUGCUGCCUUCGAGUACGGAAUAUUCGGUCCGAAAAAGAGCUUGGAGCUCGCGAUCAUCGCUCCACGGGGCACAUUGUCCACCGACACGGUCGCGGACAUCCUGAUCAGAUGCGACCCAGCUCAUUUUGUUUUUUUGGGGACCAAGUCGAUGUUUCGAUAUAUCGAGCCUGGAACAGGGAAGAACUGUCCAGUAACCUUUUUCCCGAUUGUGAACCCUACGCCAGUCGAGUACGCCCCCGAGUGUCUUGUCCUGAUGAACGAUGUGCCGACCGUGUCGCUCCUUCCCAUCAUUCUACACACACUCUGCGGAAUUCUGGGCCCUGCUACUCCUCCUGUCAAUUACUCGGACAAGGCAAAUACAGGGGUGCCUGGGACAAAUUUGAAGAAGGCGCAAUAUGCUAUCAAAUACUUCCUCAUCGGAUGCUUAAAAUCCACGAAGGCGCUUGUUCCUAUUGACGAUAACUAUCAUCGAACAGCAUUGGCCCUUUUAAGGCGCGUCGUAGAACAAUUUCCCGACCUCGAAAAACUCGCAAGACGAUUUAUUAGAUUCUGCGAAGGAGAGGUUGGCGCAGGCACUGAUGCUACGCGAACCCGGGGGAAGAGAUAA